UUCCCCUUCCAUUUUUUCCACGUCUCUGGGGGGCAGUCCAACUCCAAGAUUCUAGUACAUAUAAAAGAGGGAGCAGUGACCAUAGCCGUCUCUCACAUUCGAACCCAAUUCCAAAGAUUUCGCUCUGCUCUCGACUCUCGAGACCUCCUUCAGCGCUUCCCACCCCUCCUUGACAGAAGUAUCCAGUUCUAGCCUGGAUUGCCGCCGCCACAUCAGCAGCAGAGGUUCAGUUUAUGGGAUUGUAUCAUCGCGCAUGGUCUGAACUACUUGGUACAGAGAUCUCCAACCCAGGGAUAGACGGAAUCAACAUGGUGAACAAAAUCUCUUCUCCUAGGGAUGAAAAAGAGAAGAACAUCAAAACGAAAGCAAUCUCCAAGGGCAGGCUGAUGCACUCACUGAGCUUCAAAGAAUGGCAAAGAGGACAGAACGCCACAUGUCCAGUGGAGCUUAAGAGCAUGCCGGCUGCGAUAAGCAUUGUCAAUGACCGGAGAAAUUCUGAUCUUUCCAUGGCAUCGACCCCCAAAGUUUCAUCCAGUCCCAAGUGUGAACUUGAUGCCGCAGCUGUGAAGGUUCAGAAAGUUUACAAGAGUUACAGGACCAGGCGAAACCUCGCUGAUUGCGCGGUCGUCGUAGAAGAGCUAUGGUGGAAAGCACUGGACUUUGCAUCACUCAAGCACAGCUCGAUAUCAUUCUUCAACGGCGAAAAGCCCGAAACCGCAGCGUCACGGUGGGCGAGGGCAAGGACAAGGGCUGCUAAGGUUGGCAAGGGGUUAUCGAAGAACGGGAAAGCUCAGAAGCUGGCAUUGCAGCACUGGCUCGAAGCUAUUGAUCCGAGGCAUCGAUAUGGGCACAAUUUGCAUAUCUAUUAUGAUGUAUGGUCCAUGAGUGAGAGUACAGAACCAUUUUUCUAUUGGUUAGACGUUGGGGAGGGCAAAGAAAUAAAUCUUGAGAAGUGCCCCAGGAGUAAACUUCAGAACCAGUGCAUCAAGUACCUUGGGCCACAAGAAAGGCAGCAGUAUGAAGUUGUUGUGAAGAGUGGUAAACUUGUCGUCAAACAAACUGGGGUUCUUGUGCACAGUUCAGAUGACUCCAAGUGGAUUUUCGUCCUCAGCACCACGAAAGCAUUCUAUGUUGGCCAGAAGAAGAAAGGAUCGUUUCAACACUCUAGUUUUCUAGCUGGUGGAGCAAUAACGGCUGCUGGAAGAUUAGUGGUCAAAGACGGAAUUUUAAAGGCAAUAUGGCCAUACAGUGGUCACUACCUUCCAACGGAAGAGAACUUCAGAGACUUCGUCCGCUACCUUCAGGAGAACGGCGUCGACCUCACCGAUGUCAAGAAGGGUGCAAUCGACAAUGAUGACGAGUACCUGAGCAAACUUGACACCGAGCCUGAACAAAAUCGGCACAACAAAGCAGCAGCUGCAACUGCAGCUGCAGUUGCUGAAGAUCUCACCGCGAUGGAGUCUGAAGACGUUCGCACCGGCGACACAGACCACGGAACCACCGACUACGGUGACAUGAGCGAACCCGAGGACAGCGUUGCCACCCCGGCGAACUCGCACGCCACCGACACCGAAGAAGAAGAAGAACUGAACGAUGUUUCAGAGCAGAGCCCGUCGGCAACUGCCGACGGGAGCAAGAACCACCUGACGUGCCGGUGGUCGACGGGCACAGGCCCACGCAUUCGGUGCGUGCGCGACUACCCGCAGGACCUCCAGUCCAGGGCCCUCGAGCACGUCAACCUCUCGCCGAGACUCGCCGGCUCGCCGUCCAGGAAGAGGGACCCCGUCCCCUCGCCGCGCCCCAGCCCGGGGAUGAUACUGUCGCCAAGGCUCUCCUCCGUCGGGUUUCAGCCCCGCACGGUGUCCCUCAAGCUCCCGGACUUCAAGAGGAGCAGAUUGCAGUGAACAUUUUUCGUGCGUUCGCGUAGUAGAUCAAGAAUUCAAAAUAACAAACUGGUCAAUUUUUUAUGGAAGGCCAGUGAUUCUUUGUAGCUAGGUUAGCUGAUUACUUUUGGAGAACAUUAUUGCGUGUUAGCACUAGUCAGCUUAUAGAUACUGUGUAUUCUUUUCUUUUAAAAAAUUGUAUUCUUUUGUUAAGACAUCUCAUUUUUUGUA